CUUUACUCAUGACAGGAAGUAGACAGUGUAUUUCUCUGUAUGAAGCACUAAUAAGGACAUUUUGAGAGCUAAGAGUGAGAGAAGAAGACAGAGAGACAGACAGAGAAGCACGAUGGUUGAACUCAGAUGGAUUAAAAUGUCCUUAUUUCUGAUACUGGGGCUUCACUUUACAGCAGUAACUGGACAAACUUCCCUCGACAUCACUGUCAGAGUUGGAGAUGAAGUCACUUUGUCUUGUGAAAAUGUGAUGACUGAUCAGGAUAAAUGUAACAGUAUUUCCUGGAUCUUCAGUGGUUUAAGAAACACAGCAGCAGUAGAGCUGAUUGAAGUUGGACAGAUUGGUGAAAAUGCCAAAGCUAAAUCAGACAGACUGAGUGUUACAGUGAACUGUUCUCUGGUUAUAAAGAAGGUCACAGUUGAGGAUGUUGGUCGUUACACCUGCAGACAGUUCAAAUCAGGACAACAACAAGGUCAAGACUCUCGGGUUUAUCUGUCUGUUGUUACCAUGACUGAACAUAAGGACACUGAUAAGGUGACGUUAAACUGCUCUGUGUCGACAUAUGAACAGUGUAGACAGACAGUGAAGUGGGUGUAUGAGGGUAAUGAUUGGGAUGUGAACACUCAUCACAUGAAGGAGUCACAGUCUUCUUGCUUUGCCACUGUGAUGUUUACAACUUCCCAUCUUGCUGAGAUGUCGAAGUAUUCUGAGUCAUUCAAGUGUAACGUGACAGAUAAAAACAAAGUGCAGCUGUUUGCCUUCAGCCCUCAGUCUUCAGUGAUACUCAACAAGGCUGAUCCUGAAGAUGGCGUUUCCUACGUCUCCAUCAGCUUCACCAAGAAGACCAACAGUAAAGCGCGGGUUCGUGGUGAUGGUGAUGAUGAAGGUGAUGCAGUGACCUACAGCACUGUGAAAGCUUCCUCUUCUUCUGCUGGAGCUUCCACUGAUCCCAGCAACCUCUACGCUACCAUCAACUAA